AAAACGUCAAAAGUGCCAAAAUUACAAAAGCGGUGGUGGAAGUGUGUGGUGUGAACCGUGUACGCUGAAUUUUGAACUGCUUCUAGCAGUUACCAGCACGGCCAAAUAAUUGGAUCGAUCCAUGUUGCGCUAAUUUUAUAUUUAAUCAUAAGCUUUUAUUAAAUUUUCUAUCGUUAUACGAAAGUCCGGCAACCAUGGCUCACUGUAUGAGAGUUUUGCAUGGCCAGGGUGGCAGGACAAGGGCUGUACUGGUGGAAAUUCAGCAGAGAUGCUUCAGCGUAUCACCAUUGACCGCUGCGGCGGCUCAGGUCGCCAUGUCGAAAUUCGACAAGGCGCCACUGCCAUACGAGAAAUUAUCAAAGACUCUGGAUGUUGUCAAAAAGAGGUUAGGUCGUGACAUGACCUUGUCGGAGAAGGUGCUCUACUCACAUUUAGAUGACCCCAAAGGACAAGAAAUCGAACGUGGCACCAGCUACCUGCGCCUACGGCCGGACCGUGUGGCCAUGCAGGACGCCACCGCACAGAUGGCCAUGCUGCAGUUCAUCUCAUCGGGACUGCCGCGCGUAGCUGUACCCUCCACCAUCCACUGCGACCACUUGAUCGAGGCGCAGAUCGGAGGCGACAAGGACUUGGCCCGCGCUAAGGACAUCAACAAAGAAGUAUACAAGUUCCUCGAGACCGCCGGAGCUAAAUAUGGAGUCGGUUUCUGGAAGCCAGGCUCUGGAAUCAUCCAUCAGAUCAUCCUGGAGAACUACGCUUUCCCCGGACUCCUUAUGAUCGGAACUGACUCCCACACGCCCAACGGUGGAGGUCUUGGUGGUCUUUGCAUUGGUGUCGGUGGUGCCGAUGCCGUAGACGUGAUGGCUGACAUUCCAUGGGAACUGAAGUGCCCGAAAGUUAUCGGUGUCAAACUGACAGGCAAACUAAAAGGCUGGACCAGCCCCAAGGACGUGAUCCUGAAGGUCGCCGGCAUCCUGACCGUGAAGGGAGGCACCGGCGCCAUCGUCGAGUACCACGGUCCUGGAGUCGACUCCAUUUCUUGUACUGGAAUGGCCACCAUUUGCAACAUGGGCGCUGAGAUCGGUGCUACCACUAGUGUGUUCCCAUUCAACUCGCGUAUGGAGGCGUAUCUGAAGUCGACCGGCCGCCACGACAUCGCCGCUCUCGCCAACAAGCACAAGAACUUGCUCACACCCGACGCUAAGGCGCCCUAUGACCAGCUCAUCGAAAUCGACCUUUCGACCCUGGAGCCCCACGUCAACGGACCAUUCACCCCGGACUUGGCCAACCCGAUCUCCAAGCUUGGCGACAUCGCCAAGAAGAACGACUGGCCCGUUGACAUCCGCGUCGGCCUCAUCGGAUCUUGCACCAACUCCUCAUACGAAGACAUGGGCCGCUGCGCCAGCAUUGUUAAGGAGGCGCUGACCCACGGCGUGAAGUCCAAGAUCCCGUUCAACGUGACGCCCGGUUCCGAGCAGGUUCGCGCCACCAUCGAGAGGGACGGCAUCGCGCAGACCCUCAGAGACUUCGGAGGCACUGUAUUGGCCAACGCCUGCGGGCCCUGCAUCGGGCAGUGGGACCGCAAGGACGUGAAGAAGGGCGAGAAGAACACCAUCGUGACGUCAUACAACAGGAACUUCACCGGCCGCAACGACGCCAACCCCGCCACCCACUGCUUCGUCACCAGCCCCGAGCUCGUCACCGCUCUGUCGCUCGCUGGUCGCCUGGACUUCAACCCGCUGACGGACGAGCUGACGGGCACGGACGGCAAGAAGUUCAAGCUGUCCGACCCCUUCGCGGACGAGCUGCCCGCCAAGGGCUUCGACCCCGGCCAAGACACGUAUGAGCACCCGCCCGCUGACGGCAGCAAGGUGCAAGUGGACGUGUCCCCAUCCUCCGACCGUCUGCAACUCCUGGAACCUUUCGACAAGUGGGACGGCAAGGACCUCACCGACCUGACCAUCCUCAUCAAGGUCAAGGGCAAGUGCACCACUGACCACAUCUCUGCCGCCGGGCCCUGGCUCAAGUACCGCGGCCAUCUCGACAACAUCUCCAAUAAUAUGUUCAUCACCGCCACAAACGCCGAGAACAACGAACUAAACAAAGUCCGCAACCAGAAGACGGGCGAGUGGGGUCCCGUGCCAGCUACCGCGCGCGCAUACAAGGCAGCCGGCAUUCGCUGGUGCGUCGUGGGCGACGAGAACUACGGCGAGGGCUCCUCGCGCGAGCACGCCGCGCUCGAGCCGCGCCACCUCGGCGGCCGCGCCAUCAUCGUCAAGUCCUUCGCCAGAAUCCACGAAACCAACCUGAAAAAGCAGGGUAUGCUCCCGAUGACGUUUGCCAACCCCGCCGACUACGACAAGAUCAAGCCCGACGACAAAAUCUCCCUGCUCGGACUCAAGGACCUCGCGCCUGGCAAGCAAGUCGACUGCGAGAUCAAGCACAAAGACGGCAAGACAGAGCGCAUCAAGCUCAACCACUCAUUGAACGAACAGCAGAUUACGUGGUUCCGCGCCGGAUCUGCCCUCAACAGAAUGAAGGAAAUCGCCGCCGGAAAGUAAACUCGCAUUGGUCAUUAGAAUAUCUCAUAGCGUAAUUACAUGAGCCAUAACUCAAUACCUUCUAAAUUAAUAUAAGUAGACUCUGUUUAAGGUAGACAAGUGCCUAUAAAAUGGGGCAAACGGCCGAGCGAGCAGCGAGUUACCAUUAGUGCAACUACAAUAAUAGAGCAUUUGAUUUUUCUCUAUGGCAGUGAAUCUUUAUACGUUAGUCUUAGUACAAACGAUACUUAUGUAGAUGAAUUAGAAAUAAGUUCAACUUUUUUUCCUUUUCAAUGUAUUAAAAUCAUCAAUUUGUUUCGAAUUGUUUUAUUUUAUUUAUGUAAAUAAUAUUUACCUUACUGAAAAUAAAUACUUAUACAUUACA